UACGCUAGCGCAUAACUUUAGUGGGGCCUGAGAGCUCACCUUGCUUAACGCUGCCACUGGAUUGAUUGUUUGGAGAAGUAUAUCAAACAAACAUAGACAUCAUGGCAGCUCCAGCAUCUGCCUACAAAGAUAGGCAAUUUCUUGCCGUCAUUGGUGAUGAGGACUCUGUAACUGGACUGUUGUUGGCAGGCAUUGGUCAUGUCACUUCCCCGCCAGACUCGCAGAAGAACUUCCUCGUUGUCGAUAACAAGACAGAUAAUGCCGCCAUCGAGGAAGCCUUUGAAAGGUUCACAACCGAGAGGAAGGAUAUUGGUAUUUUGUUGAUCAACCAACAUAUUGCGGAACGUAUACGCCAUCGAGUAGAUACAUACACAGCCGCAUUCCCUGCAUUGUUGGAGAUACCUAGUAAAGAUCACCCAUACGAUCCGGAGAAGGAUAGUGUUCUAAGAAGAGUUCGAAGACUCUUUGGGGAGUGAUGGUUAGUUGUUGUGCUUUUAGGGGGAGAUUGUGUGCUAUGGGUAGGGUUGUGUGUUUAAAUGGCUAGAGAGUUGGGCGUUUUCGAGAUUAACACCUUCAUGGGGUUAUUGAUAUCAAACAAAUGAAUACAAGAGUAUGCCAGUUUAUGAAAUUUUGCACAU